GUGAGGACAGCCCAUCCCAGAUGGCCCUAGAGGACCUGGCCAUGUUCCGAACCAUUCCCAACUGCACUAUUUUCUAUCCAAGUGAUGCUGUCUCUACCGAGAAUGCUGUCUGUCUGGCAGCCAACACCAGGGGAAUGUGCUUCAUUCGCACCAGCCAGCCAGAAACUCCAGUUAUUUACAGCCCGCAAGAAACCUUCAAGAUUGGAAGAGCCAAGGUUGUCCGCCAAAGUGUCAAUGACAAGGUCACAGUUAUUGGAGCUGGAGUUACUCUCCAUGAAGCCUUACUGGCUGCUGAUGGUCUUUCUAAAGAAGGUAUUUUUAUCCGUGUCAUCGACCUGUUUACUAUUAAACCCCUGGAUACUGCCACCAUCAUCUCCAGUGCAAGAGUCACAGGCGGCCUGAUUAUCACAGUGGAGGAUCACUGCCCAGAAGGUGGCCUUGGGGAAGCUGUGUGUGCUGCCGUCGCCAUGGAGCCUGACAUUGUGGUUCAUCAGCUGGCCGUGGCAGGAGUGCCCCGGAGCAGGAAACCUAGUGAGCUGCUGGAUGUGUUUGGAAUCAGUGCUAGACACAUCAUGGUGUCCGUGAAAUGCGUUUUAAAGAGCUAAAGUGCCUGUUGGCUUUGGCCUUAGAAGACUGGCCCCUUUGCCUUACAUUUCUGCUUAUUCUACAACAAUCCUUUAAAGCCUAUACUGUUGUACUACUUAAAAAGUACAACCAUUAGCAUCUUUUUUCAUCCCUAAUUCUUUAGUUCAACUUAACUACCUUUAAAAAAAAAAUCAUACUUACAUAGCCAAACUCAUUUAAGUGCAAAAUAGCUAACGAAACAACUACUUGCUACAAGUGUUCUGAUGUGCCUACAGCUAACUGGGUAGAGGAUCAGUGUGGAGAUGACAGCUUGACUGUAUGUUCCUUAUAGGUGAAGUGGGAGUUGAGUUGUAGGCGUGAGCCCAGGUUUACAGCAGCCCUCGCACUGUGGCGUAGCACUGAUGUCUCCAGUGUACGUCCCACGUGCUGCCCUCCUACCUGCAGCUCCCUGGGUGAUGUGUGACUGCGGUUGCCCUGGAAUUGCUGCGAGCCUCUGCCUUCAUCUCCCCUCCACGGCGCAGAGGCGCUGGAGCAGCAGAAGCUGUUACGAUGUCUUGUGCUGCUCGUGGUGACUGUUCUGUAAAGAGAUGAGGGCACGGCUGGUUUCAGUUUCCACACCACACUGUUAAUAAAGCAUUUCAAAAGCA